AAUUUGCAAGCUCCUGCUGUGUGCAGAAGAAUUUGGGUUUGGGAAGUCUGGUAAGAUAGGUAUGCAAAUAACAUAAAAAGAUUCAAGAUAGAGACUAAUAAAGUAAAAAUGCCGAAGAGACAGGAAUGUCUUUUCUGUAGUAGAACCAGAAGUCCAUGGAUUAUUAUAGCACUGUUUUCUAUCAAAAGUAUUUUAUGACUACACAUAGUUUGCAAAGAAAUUUUGAAAAUUAUUAUAGAGAUGUUUUUACCUCAUAUGAACCACCUGACAUUGGAACAAACUUUCUUUUCACAAGUGUUACCGAAGACUGUAAAAUUAUUUGAUGAUAUGAUGUAUGAAUUAACCAGUCAAGCCAGUGGACUGUCAAGCCAAAAUUUAGAAAUACAGACAACUUUAAGGAAUAUUUUACAAACAAUGGUGCAGGUUUUAGGAGUUCUUACAGGAUGUGUUCAGCAUGUCUGUGCCACACAGGAAUCUGUCAUUCUAGAAAGUAUUCAUAGUCUCCCCUCUUCAGUCCUUCAUAUAAUCAAAAGUACAUUUGUACAUUGUAAGAAUAGCGAAUCUGUAUAUUCUGGGCAUUUACACCUUGUGUCAGACCUUCUCCAGGCCCUUUUCAAGGAAGCCUAUGCUCUUCAAAAGCAGCUGAUGGAACUGCUGGACAUGGUUUGCAUGGACCCUUUAGUAGAUGAGACUGCUGACAUUUUGAAUAUGGUAUUAGUUAUCCAUUCCUUGUUGGAUAUCUGCUCUGUUAUUUCCAGUAUGGAUCAAGCAUUUCAUGCCAAUACUUGGAAGUUUAUAAUUAAGCAGAGUGUUAAACACCAGUCGAUUAUAAAGAGCCAAUUGAAACACAAAGAUAUAAUUGCUAGCUUAUGUGAAGAUACUAUUUUCUCCUUCCAUUCUUGUUUACAAUUAGCUGAACAGAUGACACAGUCAGACACACAGGAUAACGCUGACUACAGAUUAUUUCGGAAAACACUCAAAUUGUGUCGUUUCUUUGCUAACUCCCUUUUGCACUACACUAAGGAAUUUCAUCCUUUCCUCUCUGAUUCUUGCUGUAUAUUGCACCAGCUUUAUCUUCAGAUAUACAGCAAGUUUCCUCCAAGCCUGUAUGCUGUCAGGGUUUCCAAAGCACACCAGGAAGAAAUAGCAGGUACUUUUCUUGUGACCCUGGACCCACUCAUCAGUCAACUGCUUGCAUGCCAGCCUUUCAUGCAGGUGGUUUUGGAUAGAAAAAUAGACCUGCCAUGUGAACUACAGUUCCCACAAUGCCUGCUUCUGGUUGUUGUGAUGGAUAAGCUGCCCUCACAGCCUGUGGAUGUACAGACACUGUGGUGUGCAGAAAGCCAGCUCUCAGAGUCUGCAACCAGGAUAUCUCUACUCAAAGCCAUUUUCUACAGUUUUGAGCAGUGUUCUGGUGAACUCUCUCUACCUGUUCAUUUACAGGGAGUAGAGAGUAAAGGACAAGCUGAGGUGGCUGUGACCUUGUAUCAGCAUGUUUGUGUUCAUCUGUGUACAUUUAUCACUUCCUUUCAUCCUUCAUUGUUCCCUGAGCUGGAUGCUGCUCUAUUGGAUGCUGUGCUUAGUUCUAAAAUGAUCACCUCUUUGUUAGCUAUGGAUGCAUGGUGCUUCCUUGCUCGAUAUGGUACUGCUGAACUCUGUGCACACCAUGUCACCUUAGUUGCUCAUCUGAUAAAAUCUUGCCCUGCAGAAUGUUACCAGCUCAUCAAUCUGUCAAUACUGUUGAAGCGUCUCUUUUUCUUCAUGGCUCCACCCCAUCAGGUGGAGUUUAUCCAGAAGUUUUCUCCAAAAGAAGCAGAAAAUCUGCCUCUAUGGCAAUAUAUUUCCUUCCAGGCGUUUUCUGCUGAACUUAGGAAACAAACUGCACAUGAAGUUACCAAAGUAGGCACUGCACAGUGCAGGAAAUGGCUAGGCAGCAGUCGUACUUUGGAAGAACUCGAAUCUCUGAACAUAGCACUCUCUGCUUUGCUUGCUGUAUGUAAUUCUGCUAGUGAAGCUUUGGAUAUUGGACAACAAACUGAAGUUAUUGAAGUUGCAAGUCAGCUCUGGGUUUUUUUAAAUGUUAAACAGGUAACCAGUCAACCCUAUGUUCAACAGACAUUCAGCCUUUUACUUCCACUUUUGGGAUUUUUUGUUCCAACUGUAGAUCCUCAGCUGAUAAGUCAGGUAGUAACUUUACAGACCUCAUUACUCAAAUUAGAGCCUCCUGACCAUGUCCGCUUGGCAAUCGUGGAUUUUGUACCUUCUCUAGGAAGACUUUUUAUACCUAAAGCUAUUCAGGACAAAAUUCUACCCAGCCUGUCUUAUAUUCUUGCCUUACUGCUAGCUGAUAGGAAUUGGCUGGUAGAACAACAUACUUUGGAAGCAUUUACUCAGUUUGCUGAGGGAACAAAUCAUGAAGAAAUAGUUCCACAGUGUCUCAGUUCUGAAGAAGCUAAGAACAAAGUUGUAGCCUUUCUGGAGAAGGCCAGGUUUGUAGAUGAAACUGAAGCUGCCAAAGUGGAACGUGUAAAACAGGAAAAAGGUAUUUUCUGGGAGCCCACUGCUAAUAUGACUGUAGAAGAAGCAAAGUGGCCAUCUUUACAGCCUUAUGCAAAAAGAGCCCGUCAUGAGUUCCCCUCCGAAGAAGAGUACAGGUCAGCAUUACAAGCAGCAGCAGGGGCCUUGGAGGCAACUGAGUCUUUGCUCCAAAAGUCUCCUGCUCCAGCCUGGCUUCUACUGGAAGUGGAGGCGCUGCAAGAAAGGAUUGAAAAACUAAAACGUUAUAUACUGUAGGGUGAAACUUGAAUGGACUGGACUAUAUUAU